CUUUGUUGUCAUCCUGAAGGAUGUUGAUAGCUGGAAGAAAUGUCACGUUUCCAAAAUGCACAGGAGCGCGUAAUUAAUUCAAUUUCCAGUUAUGUUGCGUUUAGUGAAUCUUCGACGUCACCAUCUCUUUUUUUGUCACUCCCAACUACAAACUGCAAAGUUGCUCGACAAAGAACACACUCGUUUUGUAAAGCCCAAGCGUAGUUGCCUCUACAGAAGAAUACUUUUUUAACCGACGCAACAACGGGUAGAAAGAUGAGACUCGCACCUUUCUUGUGUUUCUUCAGUUUUAUUUGGUUGGCAGAUUGUGCACCACCGACAUGCUAUUCCCGAGUGCUUGGCUUGAGCAAGGAAAUAAUGGCCCUUUUGGAAAAACUACACAAUUAUCAUCUCACGAAAACCUGCGUGGAGAUUCUGCCCAAGAUGUUUCUGGAUGUGCACAAUUCGUGCAUCGUGACCAAGCUCCGUGACUUCCUCUAUGUUGUGGAGAACCUUCCUACACAGUACUGCAGAGAGCGUCCCAGGAUCGCGUUGUUGAAGCGCAAAGUCAACAACCUGUACACAAUUAUCAACCGAAUCUGUUAUCGGGACCUAGUGUAUUUCACAGAUGACUGUGAGGCCAUUGAGACUGGACAGAGUACCCCUCGCUACGGAGAGGACAGGCUCCAGCUGCUGGUGGAAGAGAAGAGAUGAGCCCAUCCAGAGACAAACACACUCACGCUCACAUGUGCAAACAGCGCACGUCUCACACACACACACACAGGAAUGGAUGUGUGAGGGUAUGUAAACCUUGUUUCACUCAAAAUCACACACACACACACACACAUACAUAACAUCACACACAACUCUAGUGGAAAAACAUGCCAACGCGGUUUAUUUUCUAACCAAUGUAGUGGUGGCCUACAGAGUUGAUGUUAAUGGUGAAGUCUCAUGUUAGUUGGCAUGUGUCUGGUUACAUUCCACCAAGUGGUGGAGAACUUUCCACAGGAAAUUUGCUGAAUACCAGCCAUUCCAAUGAAAACCUUACAAUAAUAAACCAAUAAGAAAUGUUUGUGAGCCUCGCUUACCGCUGCUUACUUACCAUACUGUUUGAAAGGGAAUGCCUAAUUAAUCCAAAUAUGUUGUAUGUUUCCAUAACCCUUCGUAUUACUAAGCUGUCUUGAGGCUUACACAUACCUAGUUCCCAGCCUGUACACCCCUGAGAAAAUAAUGAUUACCUCAUGCUGAUUGUUUGAUUGUAUGAAUAGGCCUACUCUUUAACCUUUAGUUAUGUAUCUUGUUUUGAUGUAGGCUAAACUUAAUCAUUAUCGCAUUUUCUAUGUAAUUGGUACAAUAUACAUUUGUGUAGUGUAUUACUUAUAUGUAUGUAAUAAAACAACUAUAUCUC